CCGCCCGACCUCAAUCGGUGGUUUUCCUCUUCUGUUUUCCUCUCGCGCCGGAGUCUAGGGUUUCGUCGCCGGAGAGAGUUUUUUCUGGAUCUCUACUUUGCGUCCUUCAAUCCUCAAGAACGCCUCCAUCGUUCUUCUUGUUCUUCCUCUUCCCCUCGUUCUCUUUCUCUGGUCUCGCCCAAUUACGGUUGGUUUUACUCUCAUCCGCCCCUCGCAUCGCCACUAAAUCCCAGCUGAAAACAAUGGCGGAGUCAGAUCGGACUCUGGGGUAUUUGACCCGACGGGACACGGAGGUGAAGCUCCCGCGUCCUACCAGGGUCAAGAACAAGACCCCGGCACCGAUACAGAUAACGGCCGAGCAGAUUCUCCGGGAGGCCCGCGAGCGACAGGAGGCUGAAAUCCGCCCCCCGAAGCAGAAGAUCACAGAUCACACCGAGCUCGGGGAUUACCGCCUCCGGAAGCGCAAGGAGUUCGAGGACCUCAUCCGCCGCGUCCGAUGGAACGUCAGCGUGUGGGUGAAGUACGCCCAGUGGGAGGAGUCGCAGAAAGACUUCAACCGGGCGCGCUCCGUCUGGGAGCGUGCCCUCGAGGUCGAUUACCGUAACCACACGCUGUGGUUGAAGUACGUGGAGAUGGAGAUGAAGAACAAGUUCAUAAAUCACGCCCGGAAUGUGUGGGACCGCGCGGUCUCGCUGUUGCCAAGGGUCGAUCAGCUUUGGUAUAAGUAUAUACACAUGGAGGAGAAGUUGGGCAAUGUAGCGGGCGCAAGGCAGAUUUUCGAGAGGUGGAUGAGCUGGAUGCCGGACCAGCAAGGUUGGUUGUCUUAUAUUAAGUUUGAGCUUAGGUACACAGAGAUUGAACGUGCGAGGGGGAUUUAUGAGAGAUUUGUGCAGUGCCACCCUAAGGUCAGUGCUUGGAUUAAGUACGCGAAAUUUGAAAUGAAGAAUGGUGAGGUUGCUAGAGCUAGGCACGUAUAUGAGAGAGCAGUGGAGAAAUUCGCUGAUGAUGAGGAAGCAGAGAUCUUGUUUGUGGCAUUUGCGGAAUUUGAGGAGCGCUGCAAGGAGACAGAGAGGGCGAGGUGCAUAUAUAAGUUUGCGCUAGACCACAUUCCAAAAGGAAGGGCAGAGGAUUUGUAUAGGAAGUUUGUAGCUUUUGAAAAGCAGUAUGGUGAUAGGGAAGGAAUUGAGGAUGCUAUUGUGGGUAAGAGGAGAUUUCAGUAUGAGGAUGAGGUCAGAAAGAAUCCGUUGAAUUAUGAUUCAUGGUUUGAUUACAUUCGCUUGGAAGAAAGUGUGGGAAAUAAAGAGAGGGUUAGGGAAGUUUAUGAGCGUGCAAUUGCCAAUGUGCCACCUGCUGAGGAGAAGCGGUACUGGCAACGUUAUAUCUAUUUGUGGAUCAAUUAUGCAUUGUAUGAAGAGCUUGAUGCUGAAGAUAUGGAGCGUACACGGGAUGUAUACAGAGAGUGUCUCAAACUGAUUCCUCACCAGAAAUUCUCAUUUGCCAAAAUUUGGCUCUUAGCAGCUCAAUUUGAGAUUAGACAAAUGAAUCUUACGGGUGCAAGGCAGAUCCUAGGCAAUGCAAUUGGCAAAGCUCCUAAAGAUAAGAUAUUUAAAAAAUACAUUGAGAUAGAGCUGCAACUCGGCAACAUAGAUCGAUGCCGAAAACUAUAUGAGAAAUACUUGGAGUGGUCUCCAGAGAACUGUUACGCUUGGAGCAAGUAUGCUGAAUUGGAGAUAUCCUUGGCAGAAACCAACAGAGCUAGAGCCAUUUUUGAAUUGGCAAUUGCACAGCCUGCACUUGACAUGCCUGAACUGUUAUGGAAGGCAUACAUUGAUUUUGAGAUUUCUGAGGGCGAAUUUCAACGAACGAGAGAGCUAUAUGAGAGAUUAUUGGAUCGGACUAAGCACCUGAAAGUGUGGAUCAGCUAUGCCAAGUUUGAGGCAACAGCUAUGGAUGCCCCUAAUUCAGAUUUGUCAGAAGAUCAAUUGCAAUCACAUUUGUUGGACCAAAAAAGGGAAUGCAUACAACAUGCCAGAAGAGUCUUUGAAAGAGCCAUUAAUUACUUCCGAACGUCAGCUCCCGAACUUAAAGAAGAAAGGGCAAUGCUAUUGGAGGAGUGGUUAAACAUGGAGAGCAGUUUUGGUGAACUUGGUGAUGUUGGCAUUGUCCAGCCUAAACUGCCAAAGAAGCUGAAGAAGAGGAGGCAGAUUUUGGCUGAGGACGGUCCAGCUGGGUACGAGGAAUACAUAGACUACUUGUUCCCUGAAGAAACGCAGACCACAAAUUUCAAAAUCUUGGAAGCUGCUUACAAAUGGAAGAAGCAAAAGGUUGCCUCUGAUGACGAUUAAACAA